AUGUCUCCUGUUGAAUUGGAAAAUACUUCGUGGGCUGGUGCAAUUCCUCCUGCCCAAGGUCUCUAUAAUCCUGAAUUGGAAAAAGACGCCUGUGGUGUCGGUUUCAUGGUACAUGUCAAGGGAAAGCGCUCUCACAAGAUUUUGUCGGAUGCCAGCCAUAUCCUCUGUAACAUGACUCAUCGUGGUGCCAGUGGUGCUGAUAUCAGAGAUGGUGAUGGUGCUGGUGUCAUGUUGUCUAUUCCUCAUCAAUUCUUUGUCAAUGAAACUUCUCGUGAAUUGGGUAUUACAUUGCCUGCUGAAGGUCAAUAUGCUGCUGGUAACUUGUUCAUGAAGGGUGACCCGGAAUCUGUCGCCGAAACCAAGAAGGUCUUUGAGCAACUUGCUGAAGCUCUCCAUUUGAAGGUGCUUGGCUGGCGUUCCGUCCCCAGAGACUCCACUGUCAUCGGCCCUGCUGCUAGAUCCAAGGAGCCCGCUAUUGAGCAACCUUUCGUCGUCUUGGCUGAUCAAUCCAAGCCCUUUGAUGAAGCCUACUUUGAGCGCCAGCUCUACGUCUUGCGCAAGCACUCUACCCACACACUCACCAUGAAGAAGUGGUUUUAUGUCUGCUCUCUGUCCAACAAGAACAUUGUCUACAAGGGUCAACUCACUCCCAAGCAAGUCUACACCUAUUUCCAUGAUUUGAACAAUGUCCAGGUCACCACUCACUUUGCUCUUGUCCACUCUCGUUUCUCUACCAACACUUUCCCCUCUUGGGAUCGUGCUCAGCCUAUGCGUUGGUGUGCUCACAAUGGUGAAAUCAACACUGUCCGUGGCAACAAGAAUUGGAUGCGUUCUCGUGAAGGUGUCAUGCAAUCUGACAAGUUUGGCGAUGAGCUUGAGUUGCUGUAUCCUAUUAUCGAAGAAGGCGGUUCUGAUUCCGCUGCUUUUGAUAACGUCCUUGAGUUGUUGGUCAUCAACGGUGUCUUGACUAUGCCUGAAGCUGUCAUGAUGAUGAUUCCCGAAGCAUGGCAAAGCAACGAUCAAAUGAGCCCCGAGAUGAAGUCCUUUUACAAGUGGGCUGCCUCCUUGAUGGAGCCCUGGGAUGGUCCUGCUCUCUUCACUUUCGCUGAUGGUCGCUACUGUGGUGCCAAUCUCGAUCGUAACGGUCUUCGUCCUUGUCGUUACUACUUGACUAAUGACGAUAUCAUGAUCUGUGCCUCUGAAGUGGGUACUGUCUUUAUUGAUCCCGAAACCGUUGUUGAAAAGGGGCGUCUUAAGCCUGGUCGUAUGCUCUUGGUCGAUACUGUUGAAGGUAAAAUUGUUGAUGACAAGCAACUCAAGUUACAAACUGCUGCCAAGCGCAACUUUAUGGAUUGGGUAAAUAAGCAAAACAUUGAAUUGUCUGAUAUCGUGGAAAAGGCCAACGCCGUCAAGCCCUUCUCUGCUGAUUUGGAUGAAACCACUGUUCAAGCUGAUCCUCGCCUCAAGGCUUUUGGUUAUACUCUUGAACAAUUGAACUUGAUCAUGGUCCCCUUGGCUUCUACUGGUAAGGAACCUUUGGGUUCUAUGGGUAACGACACUGCUCUUGCUUGUCUUGCUGAGCAACCUCGUCUCAUCUACGAAUACUUCCGUGAAUUGUUCGCUCAAGUUACCAACCCUCCCAUCGAUCCUAUCCGUGAAGAAAUUGUCAUGUCUUUGCAAUGCUAUGUUGGUCCUGAAGGUAACAUUCUUGAGAUUGAUGAGAACCAAUGCCACCAAUUGGCCUUGUCCUCUCCCAUCUUGUCCAUGGAGGAACUCUCUGCCAUCAAGAAGAUGGAUCAAUUCUACCCCUCUUGGAAGGUCGCUACCAUUGAUAUCACAUUCCCCAAGUCUGAAGGUGUUCAAGGUUAUGUUGAUACUUUGGAGCGUGUCUGCAACGAGGUCUCUCAAGCUAUCAAGGACAAGUACAAGGUUGUCGUUCUCUCUGAUCGUGCUGUCAGCGCUGACCGUGUUGCCAUCUCCUCUCUCAUUGCCGCUGGUGGUGUUCAUCACUACCUGGUCCGUAACAAGGAGCGUAGCCGUAUUGCUUUGAUGGUUGAAACUGCUGAAGCCAGAGAAGUCCACCACUUCUGUGUUCUUCUUGGUUAUGGUGUUGAUGCUAUCUGUCCUUAUUUGUCUUUGGAAGCCAUGAUGAAGCUUCACCGUGAAAGAGCUGUUCAUGAAGGCUUAACUCCCGAGAAAUUGAUCUACAACUUCAAGAAGGGUAUCGAUAACGGUAUUCACAAGGUCAUGUCCAAGAUGGGUAUUUCCACUUUGGCUUCUUACAAGGGUGCUCAAAUCUUUGAAGCUCUUGGCAUUGACGAUUCCGUCAUUUCUCGUUGUUUCUCUGGUACCGCAUCUCGUAUCAAGGGUGUUACCUUUGACAUCUUUGCUUUGGAUGCCUUGACUCUUCAUGAAACUGGCUAUCCUACUCGCAAUGUUGUUCAACCUGUUGGUCUCCCUGAGUCUGGUGAGUACCACUGGCGUGAUGGCGGUGCUCCUCAUAUUGCUGAGCCCAGCGGUAUUGCCAACCUUCAAGAUGCUGUUCGUCAAAAGAACCAAUCCUCUUACGAUGCUUACUCUCGUAACGCCUAUGAAGCCAUCAAGAAGUGUACUCUUCGUGGUAUGCUCGACUUUGACUAUGAGAACUCCAAGGAAAUUCCUAUUGAACAAGUUGAAUCUUGGGAUAGCAUUGUCAAGCGUUUCGUUACUGGUGCCAUGUCCUAUGGUUCCAUCUCUUGGGAAGCUCACUCCUCUUUGGCUAUUGCCAUGAACAAGAUCGGUGGUAAGUCCAACACUGGUGAAGGUGGUGAAAAGCCCGAGCGUUCUCUUCCUCUUGAAAACGGAGAUUCUAUGCGUUCUGCCAUUAAGCAAGUUGCUUCUGGUCGUUUUGGUGUCACCAGUUUCUAUCUCUCUGACUCUGAGGAAUUACAAAUCAAGAUGGCUCAAGGUGCCAAGCCUGGUGAAGGUGGUGAACUUGAUGGUGGUAAGGUCAAUGAAGAAAUUGCCUCUACUCGUAAAACUACUCCUGGUAUUGGUUUGAUUUCUCCUCCUCCUCACCACGAUAUCUACUCCAUUGAAGAUUUGAAGCAAUUGAUUUACGAUCUCAAGUGCGCCAAUCCUCGCUCUCGUGUAUCUGUCAAGCUUGUAUCUGAAGUUGGUGUUGGUAUCGUUGCUGCUGGUGUUGCCAAGGCCAGAGCAGAUCACAUUUUGAUCUCUGGUCAUGAUGGUGGUACUGGUGCUUCUCGUUGGACUGGUAUCAAGUAUGCUGGUCUUCCUUGGGAGUUGGGUCUUGCUGAAUCUCAUCAAACCUUGGUUCUCAAUGACUUGCGUGGUCGUGUUAUCGUUCAAACUGAUGGUCAAAUCAAGACUGGUCGUGAUAUUGCCAUUGCUUGUUUGCUCGGUGCUGAAGAAUGGGGUUUCGCUACCACUCCUCUUAUUGCUCUUGGUUGUACCAUGAUGAGAAAGUGCCACUUGAACACCUGUCCUGUUGGUAUUGCUACCCAAGAUCCCGAGUUGCGCAAGAAGUUCGAAGGUUCUCCUGAACACGUUGUCAACUUCUUUUACUAUCUCGCUGAAGAAAUGCGUGGAUAUAUGGCCAAGCUCGGUUUCCGCACUGUCAAUGACAUGGUUGGUCAUGCUGAAAAACUCAAGGUCAAUGAAUCUCUUCGUACUUACAAGACUGCCAACUUGGACUUGUCUCCCAUCUUGACUCCUGCCUCUACUCUUCGUCCUGGUGUCUCCAAUGUCUGCGUUACCAAGCAAAAGCACAACCUUCAUGUUCGUCUUGAUAACUACCUCAUUGAAGAAGCUGAGCCUGCUCUUGCCAACAAGGAAAAGGUCCUCAUUGAGGCUGAUGUGAUCAACACUGAUCGUGCUCUUGGUACCACUCUUUCUUACCACGUCUCCAAGCGUCAUGGUGAGAAUGGUCUCCCUGCUGAUACCAUCCAUGUCAAGUUGAGAGGUUCUGCUGGUCAAUCCCUUGGUGCUUUCUUGGCUCCUGGUAUCUUCUUUGAGCUUGAAGGCGAUUCUAACGAUUAUGUUGGUAAGGGUCUUUCUGGUGGUCAAAUUGCCAUUUACCCUCCCAAGUGUUCCGUCUUCAAGUCUGAAGAGAAUGUCAUCGUUGGUAACGUGUGUCUUUAUGGUGCCACCAGUGGUAAGGCUUUCUUCCGUGGUAUUGCUGCUGAACGUUUCUGUGUUCGUAACUCUGGUGCCUACGCUGUCUGUGAAGGUGUCGGUGAUCAUGGUUGUGAAUACAUGACUGGUGGUCGUGUUGUCAUCUUGGGUACAACUGGUCGUAACUUUGCUGCUGGUAUGUCUGGUGGUAUCACUUACGUUUUGGAUGUCAAUGGCGAUUUCAAGAAGAAUGUCAACAUGGAGAUGGUUGAACUCGAAACUGUCAACGAUGAUGAACGUGUUGCCGAGUUGCGUGAUUUGAUUGAAGAUCACCGUCAUUACACUGGUUCCGAGAUUGCCGAUCGCGUCCUCAAGAACUUCAACGAGUACUUGCCCAAGUUUGUCAUGGUCAUGCCUACUGAAUACCGUAAUCUUUUGGAAAAGCAAAAGGCUGAGAAGCUCGCUGCUGCUGCCCCUGCCAAGAAGGAGUGCACCAAGGUCCACAAGAAGGCUGAGCCUCAAGUUGAAGAUCUCGAAGACAGCGUUUUGGGUGAGGAGGCUAUUUUGGCUCGUCGUGCCAAGUUGGACAAGGUCCGCGGUUUUAUGAAGUACAAGCGUAAGACUGACAGCUACCGUAACUCCAAGAAGCGUGUUGGUGACUGGGAUGAAAUCAACAACCGUUUGACUCGCCCUGAACUUCACGAACAAGCUGCUCGUUGUAUGGAUUGUGGUGUUCCCUUCUGUCAAUCUGACACUGGCUGUCCUAUUGGCAACAUUAUUCCCAAGUGGAAUGAACUCGUCUACAAGGACAACUGGAAGGAGGCUCUUGACCGUCUCAUGAUGACCAACAACUUCCCUGAAUUCACUGGUCGUGUGUGCCCAAGCCCUUGUGAAGGAGCUUGUGUUCUCUCCAUAAACGAACCUCCUGUUGCCAUCAAGAGUAUUGAGUGCGCAAUCAUCGAUCGUGGUUUUGAUGAAGGAUGGAUCGUUCCUAAUCCUCCUGCUUCUCGUACUGGUAAAUCUGUCGCCAUCAUUGGAUCUGGACCCGCAGGCUUAGCUGCCGCUGAUCAAUUGAACAAGGCUGGCCAUCUUGUUACUGUGUAUGAUCGCAAUGAUCGUAUUGGUGGUCUUUUGAUGUAUGGUAUUCCCAAUAUGAAAUUGGACAAGAAGAUUGUUCAACGCCGUAUCGACCUUUUGGCUGCUGAAGGUAUCAAGUUUGUCCCUAAUGCUCAUGUCGGUGUUGAUGUUGAUAUCAAUGAUAUCCGUAAUCAAAAUGACGCUGUUAUUGUCGCCACUGGUGCUACAUGGCCUAGAGACCUCAAAAUUCCUGGUCGUGAAGCUGAUGGUGUUCAUUUCGCCAUGGAGUUUCUCCAAGCCAACACCAAGAGCUUGCUCGAUUCUGAACUCAAGGACGGUCAAUAUCUCUCUGCCAAGGAUAAGAACGUCAUUGUGAUUGGUGGUGGUGAUACUGGUAAUGAUUGUAUUGGUACCUCUGUUCGUCAUGGAUGCAAAUCGGUGAUCAACUUUGAAUUGCUUCCUAAGCCUCCUGCUUCUCGUAAUGAGACCAUGCCUUGGCCCAAGUUCCCUAUGGUCUUCCGUGUAGACUAUGGUCACAGUGAAGUCCAAGCACAAUUUGGUAAGGAUCCUCGUGAGUACUGUGUUCUUUCCAAGGAAUUUGUUACCGAAAACGGUGCUGUCAAGGGUAUCAAGACUGUUCGCGUCGAAUGGACCAAGGAUGAAGCUGGUCGUUGGGCUAUGGCCGAGGUUCCUGGCUCUGAGCAAUUCUUUGAAGCUGACCUUGUUCUUCUUUCUAUGGGUUUCUUGGGUCCUGAAGAAGCUGUUGUCAAGCAACUCUCUCUCAAGCAAGAUGGCCGUUCCAAUAUUGAGACACCCAAGGGUAAAUACGCUACCUCUGUUGCUGGUGUUUAUGCUGCUGGUGAUUGUCGUCGCGGUCAAUCCUUGAUUGUGUGGGGUAUCAACGAAGGCCGUAUGUGUGCUCGUGAAGUUGAUUACAACUUGAUGGGUGACACCUACUUGCCUGUCGCUGGUGGUAUCCAACAACGUAUCCUUCCUGGUCUUUCCGCCUAA